AACGUAUUCCAGAAUGUUAUGGUAGCCAUAUAGGUUUAAUCUUUUGCCGGUAAGUUGUGGUCGUCCUUGUGUGGGAAGGAAGAUGAAGAUCUGGGCACUAUUCUUCACACUAAAUGUACUGUGGCUGUGCAAAUGUAGAUACGAGGAUGAACCAAAUCUAAAUCAUUCAGAGAGAUCAGCAUGGAAUUCAGAACUUCACGAUACUCUGCCUUUCAGCCGUAUCUGCAUAGACCUCUCAAUUCCAGAUGAAGAAGUUUACCAAUCCAUUUACUAUGUCUAUGACGAUGUUCCCACCAAGCUCAUUGUGCCAGAGAUUAAUGUAUAUGCGGGGAGAUUGUCGAAUGGUCAAGAGGCCAUUUGGACCGCAGAGAAUGAAACCAUCCAUUACGCAAAGGUAUUGCUGAGAAAUGGCCAACCUGAACUUGUAUUCGUGAAAACUCAAGGCCUCGGUAUAUCGCAUGAACAUUGUAUCAACAAAAAUGGAAAUAGAUGGGUGGAGUGCUCACCUAAAUACCACGAAAGGGUAAAUGCCCUAAAGAUUCUUGUGAGGCAAAGGAAAAAUAUUGCCAUGGAUCUUGAUAGGAAUUACGAUGAAGGAUAUAUAUCAUUCCACCUUGUACUCAUGGGUCUCCCAUUUAAUUCCUACGUUCCCAAAGUCGGUCAUGAUGCCACAAAAGUGGUUCACAAUGGAGAUAAUAUAUGGGUAGCCUCUAGUGGUGAGAAAUGUACGUCUGCUCUUUUCAGCUCAAAGGGUUCUUCCACUCUUCUUGGUAUAGACAUUACUAACAGUAGCUCUACCUACUCCAAAUUCUUUGAGAAAAUUGGUGGAUCAUGGAAUGAGAUUACAGAAGAGGAGUUUUACACAAAGACUUCAGAGAUCAACAGUCAUGUUGAUUCCUCAUAA